AUAACUGCCUCAUUCUGUUCUUGUGUUCCAGGAAUGUCUGGGAAUAAUGUUGUUAGUGAGAAUGUCCCGGAGACUGAAGCCACGCCCCUCACGCCCCUCGGCCCAGAAGAGAAGCAGGCUGUGGGACCACAGUCAGAGGGCAGCUCUACAGGCUACGAGCCGGUGACGGUGUGUGUGCCAGCGGAGCUGCCGCCGGUGGUGCCCGUGACGGGCGAGUCGUUCUGCCAGUGUCCAGCUCAAACAGAGCUCAGCUCAGACGCCCAGAUCAGCCCCUACACCCUCAGCUGCACCUGCGGAGAGGAAGAGCAGGGGUGUGAUUGGGUUUGGGACGAGGAGAGCAAAUCAUCCUCCGUGUCUCUGAGCUGCUCUGACCGGAAGGUGAUCUUCCACUCGGAGUACAGCUGUGGAACCGCUGCCAUCAGGGGAGCCAAGCCUCUGAGCGACGGACAGCACUUCUGGGAAAUCAAGAUGACAUCUCCCGUCUACGGCACAGAUAUGAUGGUUGGUGUCGGGACAUCAGAAGUGAACCUGGAUCAGUUCAAACAUAGUUUCUGCAGUCUGUUGGGCACGGAUGAGGACAGCUGGGGUCUGUCCUACACAGGUCAUCUACACCAUAAGGGGUCAAAGGUGAACUUUUCAUCACGGUUCGGUCAAGGGUCCAUAAUCGGGGUCCAUCUGGACAGCUGGCACGGCACCCUGAGCUUCUAUAAGAACCGCCGCUGCAUCGGCAUAGCAGCUACUCACUUGCAGAAUAAGCGUCUGUAUCCGAUGGUGUGUUCGACUGCGGCCAAGAGCAGCAUGAAGCUGAUCCGUUCACAUUCUGCGCCCACCACAUUACAGUACCUGUGCUGCACACAGCUGCGCAAAAUGCUGCCCAACUGCGCAGACGCUCUGCGCGUGCUGCCUCUGCCGCCGGGUCUGCGUCUGCUGCUGUCUAACCAGCUGGGAUGGGCGCUGACCCUCGGCUGCGCAGACGCCUGCGCACACAACAGGGAAAACAAGGCCACACAAACAGAUGAUGGCGACUAUGACGAAUACACAAGCCCAUUUCCUUCCCACAAUCCCUCUGACAACGAACGCGUCUUUAUUUCUAGUUCCUUCUCUGAUAACCCUGGUUCUUACCAUGGUAAAGAUGAGCCUCUUGAUUCUACUUCCUGUCCAGAUGAUGCGCAUUAUCAAGAUGGUGUCUCCAUAAUGGAUGUUACCUGUUACCUUGAUCCCUCCUCACCUUCUGACCUCUACUGUGGCUCCGCCCCCAGCCCUGAUCAUAAUUCCAUUCCUGACCCUACAUUUCAGCACGUAUCUGCUUCCUGUCCUUGCUGUGGCCCGCCGGUAUCUGUUUCCAGCGACGACUGCUGA